AUGGUAGGCUCUUUGUCGGAACUCGCUCUGCUUACACCUAUCCUCUAUGCGGCAUACUUACUCUACAUGUCGCUGAGACGAAGGAUGGGUAACAUUCCGACUGUGGGCGGCACCUCCUUCCCAGUGCUUUCUUACCGUGGCUCCUUCCAUAAUAUCUUUCAUGCGGCUGAAACUAUCCGAGAGGGCUACGCCAAGUACAAAGGCCAUGCGUUCAAAUACGCCGAGCUUGGCAACUGGAGGGUCAUUAUCACAGGACAGCGCCAGAUCGACGAACUUUGCAAGGCGCCGGACACCGUUAUCUCUUUUGCUGAAGCUGCGAAUGAUUCGGCACAAAUCGUGUAUACUUUUGCGCCUGAGGUGCACCAUGACCCGUAUCAUGCGCACCUUAUCCGCACACAGCUCACGCGUAACCUCGCUCGGAUUUUCCCGGAGAUGCACGAUGAGCUCAUGGCUGCCUUUAACGAUGAGGUACGGGUUGUUGGGGAAGACUGGACGCGAGUUCGGCUCAAGGACGCUGUGACCGAGAUUGGCUUCCAUUAUGUGAGCUCUAUGGUCUUAUCAAAUACCCUCAUCGCUAAGGCAGAAUCUGGUGUUCUAGGCAGAAACUCAGACUAUUGCCUCCUUAACAAGACAUUCACUAGGGAUGUCAUUGGUGGCGCAUUCAUCAUCAAGCUCUUCCCGCGGGCUCUGAGACCACUUGUUUCCCGUUUUUGCACGAGCGUUCCUGCAAGAAUAAACCGAGGUAUCAAGCACUUGGAGCCCACGAUUAAGGAACGCUUUGAGCAAAUUGAGAAACAUGGCAAGAAUUGGGCUGAUAAGCCGAACGACAUGCUUCAAUGGCUGAUUGAUGCUGCUCAGGGCAAGGAACGCACUGUUCGCGCAUUGGUCUUACGCGUUUUGGCCGUCAACUUCGCGGCCAUCCACACUACUUCUGUGACGUUUACCCAAGUGAUGUAUUACCUUGCCGCUCAUCCGCAGUACGCCUCGGUCUUGAGAGAAGAAAUUGAAGCUCUCGUGCAGCAGGAAGGGUGGACGAAGGCUGCCGUGGAUAAGAUGCACAAAACGGAUAGCUUCGUGAAAGAGGUUCAGCGUUUUACCGGUCUUGGCGCUUAUGCUAUCAAUCGAAAGGCCUUGAAAGAUUUCACGUUUGCUGAUGGGACUUUUAUUCCGGCUGGCACCAUGAUCGCUGCCUCUGCUCGACCGAUUCACUUCGACGACGAGAACUAUGCGAAUCCAGACAUGUUUAAUCCUUGGAGAUUCUCAAACAUGCGAACAGAUGAGGGUACCGGGCUCAAGUACCAAAUGAUCAGCACUAGCACCCAGUAUUUGCCGUUCGGUCAUGGUAAGAAUGCAUGCCCUGGACGGUUCUUCGCAGCGAACGAGGUCAAGGCGAUGCUUGCCCACGUCGUCAUGACAUACGAUGUGAAGACGGUGGAGGAUGGCGUUAUUCCGCCACCGUUUUGGGUAUUGGCGUCCCUGGUCCCAAACGGCAAGGCCGAUGUCUUGUUCCGGAAACGGCAAACGUAA